UCGGGGCUGGAUCUCACCGUGUUGCCCACCGUGUUCACAGAUCAGCCCUCACAUCACCCCAGCAACUUUUCCUCGUCUUCUUAAAACGCCCCCUCCCCUCCUCCCUUCAGACCCCUCCCCUGUACUUUGCUCCUCCGCUCCUGGGAGAGGAGUCACUUCUCUGGGAAUCACAGGAGGCUGCGUCCUCUCCCUCUCUCUCUCUCUGGGGAUCCGCAUGGAUGUGGCAGCGGUAGAGGGGAUGUCUCUGCCUGGUAUCCGACAACGGAAUCGGCCGCCGCAAGUGAUGCCGACCCAGAGGAAGGUCCGGGCGAGGCGGAAAAGGCGAAAGGAGUUGGUGUGGAUCCAGAUCUGCUUGUUCGGAGGCUUGCUGCUGCUCGUCAAGGGCUGUUCCUUCUUAGCGGAUCAUUCAGGUUUUGACAUGUCGAGCCAGAGCAGCGAGGACCAGGAGAGAUGGGGAGGAAGGAGGCUACUGCAGGAGAUGGACAACAGCAGCCUGGAGGAAAUAGAGAGUGAAGAAUCUAAGAACUGCACAGCUCCAGCUCUGCACGAGUUCCCAACAGACCUGUUCACAAACAAGGAGCGAACAGAAGGAGCCGUGGCCCUGCAUGUCCUGUGUACCAUUUACAUGUUCUGUGCCCUAGCUCUGGUGUGUGAUGACUACUUCGUCCCCUCCAUGGAGAAGAUAUGUGAGCGUCUCAAUCUCAGCGAGGACGUAGCAGGCGCCACCUUCAUGGCCGCUGGCAGCUCAGCUCCUGAGCUCUUCACGUCAAUCAUAGGGGUUUUCAUCACCAAAGGCGAUGUCGGCGUGGGGACCAUUGUGGGCUCAGCUGUCUUCAACAUCCUCUGCAUCAUUGGCGUGUGUGGCUUCUUCGCUGGCCAGGCCGUGAAGCUCUCUCACUGGGCUCUGCUCCGAGAUUCCAUUUAUUACACGUUUUCUAUCAUGGCCCUCAUCGCGUUCAUUUACGAUGAGAAGGUCUGCUGGUGGGAGUCUCUUGUCCUGGUUCUCAUGUAUGUAGUCUACAUCCUCAUCAUGAAGUUUAACGGCCGAGCGCACCGUUACUUUGACCGUCGAAAGAAGAGCUCUGUGAGUCUGGCCAAUGGGUUGACAGGAAGCUCCGAUCUGGAGGACAAUGUCACGUGUGAUGCUACUGCAGUCCUGCUCAAGAAAGCUAACUUCCACUGUAAGCCAUCAGUGCUGAUGGUGGAUGAGCUGCUGUCUGCAUACCCCCACCAGCUGUCCUUCUCUGAGGCCGGCAUGAGGAUCAUGAUCACCAAUCAUUUCUCCCCCAGGACCCGUCUCACCAUGGCCUCCCGCAUGCUCAUCAAUGAGAGACAAAGACUGAUCAACACUUCAGAGACUCGAGUCAACCGCAUCACCAAUGGCGACUCAGACUCAGCGGCCAGGAGUCAGGGGAGGCGGGGCUUAGAGAAUGGCAUGGGCGGGACCGAGCAAGGUCUGAAUGGGAGAUGCAGACUUCAGCGGCUGGAGUCUGGUAAUGAGACGGAGAAUGAAACUGAGGAUAAUGAGAACAAUGAGAACGAUGAGGAGAGAGAGGGAGAAGAUGAUAACGGAGGCCCCCUGGUGCCGUUCAAAAUUCCAGCUGGGGCGUGCAAUAAACUGAAGUGGUUGACCAUGUGGCCGCUGUCCCUGCUCCUGUUCCUCACUGUGCCCAACUGUGCCAAGCGCCGCUGGGAGAGAUGGUUCAUGGUGUCCUUCUUCACCGCCACCAUCUGGAUCGCUGGCCUCUCAUACAUCAUGGUCUGGAUGGUGACUGUGAUCGGCUUCACACUUGGUAUACCUGAUGUCAUCAUGGGCAUCACCUUCCUGGCAGCAGGCACCAGCGUCCCUGACUGCAUGGCUAGCGUCAUAGUGGCACGGCAAGGUCUGGGAGACAUGGCCAUCUCCAACUCCAUAGGCAGUAAUGUGUUUGACAUCCUGGUGGGUCUGGGCCUGCCCUGGGCGCUGCAAACACUCUGCAUCGACUACGGCUCCAUCAUCCAUCUUAGCAGCAGAGGUCUCAUAUUUUCGGUUGGACUCUUGCUUGCCUCAGUAUUCUUCACAGUUCUCGGUGUCCAUUUAAACAAAUGGACUCUGGACUGGCGACUGGGCUUGGUCUGCCUCGUCAUGUACGCCAUCUUCCUGUGCUUCUCGAUCCUCAUCGAGUUCAACGUCUUCAUCUUCGUCAACCUCCCAACGUGCCGAGACAUCCACUGACCUCCCUCCUCCUCCUCUUCUUCGUCUACUUCUUCAUCUGACUGAUGGAGGAAGUCUCACCUGGCUUCCAGUUUUUUGGCACCUUGGAACCAAGUCCUACUAUUUAUUUUUUCAAAUAGAGAAAUAGAGAUAUAUAUGAUUUAUCUUUGGUGCAAUACACACAAGAGAGAGGACACAGGAGGUUUUGAAUUUUUGGGGACUGGAGAGGUGGCGUGGAGAGAAAGUCCCAGCAGCUGUGUUUGCUGCCAAUUGUCUAAUGAACCGAAAGGUCGGCGGGAAAGAACGUAACUGUAUUAACACCGACAGUUAGGCUACUGUUGGUGAAGAAGCUGCUACUGUAACUGACUGACUGGAGGAAAGAGAGAAAUCCUGCGCGUACAGCGACUUUUAGCUGGGUUGUUUGUUACUCUUUGUACAAGAUUGGAUAUAAGCACACAAUUAAGGUAUUUUUAAGUAAAAACUGGCUUUCUCUGUAUAUAUUUGAGGAUUAUAUAAGUACUAAUAUGAGCUGAUAUACAGGACUCUUUUAUGCACAUCUGGAUCAGUCUUGCAACAUUGUAUGCUUUACUGUAGUGGUCUGGUCUGCCAGUAACACACUCACCACGCUCAGCACCAGCCAGCGUAGCAUGCUGUAAUAGCCACGAGUCAAGUCUAGCUUUGCACUGUCAGAGAGAAUCUCGAUAUUUAACAAUAUUCACAUAGAGUCUAUUCUUGUUUGUUUCUCUACAGGCAUAUCCAAGUAGAUGUGGGCUUUGUUGUUCUUUAAUAAACCCACAUGAGUAAGGGAUCUCCCUGGGUAUGACAUCCAGCACUGUCACUUUAUGGAUUAGAAAUAAUCUUCUAUCUUUGCAAGGCGUCUACAGGUACUCUAACAUGUAACUACUGAAGUUAAAGCUCCCUCUAGACAGUAGACCUCUUGUGCUGUAUUAAAGAGUUAGUUUUAAAUCUCUGAGUUGAAUCUAACGUUACUUCUUAAAGCCAAAAGUAUUUUUAGAACAGGAGGAGUCGAGUAGAUUCGGACUUAAGACUCAACUUUAGUCCACUGUGUGUGUGUGUGUGUGUGUGUGUGUGUUUGUGUGCUUGUCAUAGCUUAAUUUCUGAUCGGUCCCGCUUAAGAUCAGGGGUAAGGUGUUAAUUGAGGUUAGGUUAAGGGUUUAAAGGUUAGUGUUAGGCUGUCCACAAUGAAUGGAAGUCAGUGUAAUGUCCAGCUGUGCAAAGUCUGUGUGUGUGUGUGUGUGCUUGCGUGUGAAUGCGUAUGUGUGUGUCACAAUCUGGAGGGGAACCAAGGAAACCACUGUUACUGGGAAGACAUAAUCAUGAUUUAUUUAUGAAUUAAUUUAUUCAAAGAUCAUGUCUAACCUCCAGUUUCAGCCCUUUGGGUAAUGUACAGUGUGUUAAAUGGAGCGCUCUCCACUCUUUGUUGAUGGAGCUGUACAAUGUACUGUACCUAAUAUAUGAUUCAAGUACUGGAAUCUGACUUGAUGUUGUUUAUAUUUAAGAUCUUAGAACUUUAUAAUUUAUAAGUUUUGUAUAGUUUGGAAAGAUGUGGCCACAUUUGUAUAUUGGUGCAAACACAGUGGUAUUGGAAGAUGACACACAGCCUGGUUGAGUUCUCAUGGAGAGAAAAUCUUUAUCACUGGUCCUAACAUGAGCAGGAGCUUGACCCCUGUGCAUGUUAAAUAAGUGAUGUCAAAGAUUCACUUUCAGGUAAAAAAGGAUGUAAAUGGCACAUGAAGCUUUGACCUUUCACCUCUCUUACACAGGGCUUGAACUCUUGUGCCAUCUUUUGUAUUUGAGGCUUCAAACCCCACGCCUGUGGCCAUUCUCCUGCUUGUAUUUGAGCCAAAAAAGAACCACCUUUGUCAACAGUAUUGCCACUCUGUUUCAGCAUGUGUUCAAAAAAAUGUGGAAGUUGCGUAUUUUUUCUUUCAUCUUAAUUUUAACUUGAAAGAUUCCCUUGUUAAUAGAAUUGCUUAUUAAUUAAAAGCCUCCUCUGUAGGUGUUGAGGCACCUCCUGCGGCCACAAGAUAGCGCUGCAGAGCUGUGCUACACCCUCAGAGUUGGCUGUUAUUUUACACAAACAGUGGAUUGGAUGUAAUUUCAGGUAGGCUUCAUAGGGAUAAAUACUGGAAGGUUUGCAUGCCUUGUUCAGAAUUCUGUUUAUUUUGUGUGUAAUUUUAAUGCGUCUCCCAGAUCAAAAAGACACUGUCUUUAUUAUGCUGUACAUAUCAGAGGGAUAUGCUAUCAUAAACACAGAUGUUUAAAUAACUGAGCAGUUAUAUUUGAGAUAUAUACAGUAUUUAGAAUGUAGGCCUACAACCAUUAGUUCAGCUAAUUCAUGUCGUUUUAUGCUCAUGUCUUUUGAAUUGUUUGUAAAUCCUCUUUUUUGUUGAUGAGGACCUCUGGACUCGGAGCUCAGAGCCAGAGAGAGACACAGAUGUCUGCCUUGUUCCCAGUGGUCUUCUUGCAAUAAACUGAUUUA